GUAAAAAUGGAUCCAAAUAUUCCUGGUCCCAGCAAUGAGCGUGGAUAUGACAGCAUUAUGGAUGAGUUGUGCACUGGCCCGGUUACUGUUUUGGAACAGGCUUUGGAGCAACUGGAGCGUUAUCCAGAACGUGGACAUCUCUACCUCGGCCCCAUUUUAUUCGGGCCAGAGCCGUACAAACUCCGAGCUUGUAAAACAUGCAUUCGUCUCGCUCGACACGGUUUAUCCGCUAGUCGAUUCACGGCUGAAGAAAUAGAAAACAUGACAGAAUUGUGCCCUACCCAUUUAGAUGAGCAACUUUCCGAGGAACGAGCAAAAGCAAAGGCAGCUUUAGAAGCUAAAUUAGCUAAACAACUGAAACAAAUGCAGGCAAAGCAUCGCAAAGAGAUAAAGGAAGCGGAAAUGGCUAAAACUAUUAGAAGUACAAAAAAGACAAAAGUCGGAAAAAAUGGGAAAAUCGCGAAAGUCGACAAGAAAACAGCAAAGACUGUGAAGGAAAAACAAGUUCUUGAUUUGCCGCAGCCGAAAAUCGAAAUCAACGAUGAGGAUAUUGAUCAGUACAUCCUUGAGCAGGCAGCCCCAAAGAAAAAGAAUGUGACUCGGUGGAUCUGUCCAACUUGCGACAAGUCCUCGAAAUUCGGAAGUUGUGGAUGUGUCGGAUGUGGCGACUGGUAUCACAUCACAUGUGUUGGAUUCAAAAAAGCCAAGGAAGUCCCGGACAAAUGGGCUUGCAAAUACUGCAAAUAAUCAGAUACAGUUUAAAAUUAAAUAAGAAGCUUUUUAGAAUUUUUUUAGAUGUUUGAAAUCCUAGUAGUGUUUAAAGUAUUAACAUAUACUUUAUAGUUUUCUUCUUGCACUUCAAUCAGUUCCUUCGUUACACUCUACGUUUGUCUGUAUUUUAGUAUAAUUUCUCAUAGUUACUGCAUGUUGUCCAACACAAAAUCGAUCUUAUUGCAACCCGAGUAAUAUAAGAUGUCAUAAUUCCCUUCUCAGUCUGAGAUUUCAUUUUAUGUAUAUUCAGAACCGAACAUAUUCAUUGCCGUCCAAUACAUAUUCCGGUCCUUACAGUGUGCAAUAAUGUGAUUUUUACCUAUUUAUUUUAUUAGUCGGUUUGAUAAUUUACCUGUAUAUGCGAGAACAAUCUUUAUUUAUUGAUAAAAUAUUUAAUUGC